CCUAAUUUCCGCUUUCUUCAGUUAACUUUAGACUUUCACAAUAAAUAAAUUUUAAAUUAUUAAGCAUAGCAGUAUUAUUACAAGUAUUAAAUUAGGCCUUUAUAUUCUAAUAAUGUCUAGAACUGUAGUAAUCGGUGUGGAUAAUAGUGAAUAUGCCGAAAAAGCAUUUGACUUUUACACAGAGCAUGCUAUGUUGAAGGGGGAUAAGAUUGUUUUGGUUCAUGUAUCAGAAUACACCUCUCUAGUACAAGCACCUGCUCUCCUGACUGACCCAGUGGUUGUAACAGAACUUAUCAAAGAGGAAGAACUCAAAGUGAAGCACCUUGUGGAUAAAUACAGUGAGAAGAUGAAAAAAUUACAUCUUGGUGGUAAGGUAAAACAAAUGGCUGGGAAAAGUGGUGAAGCCAUCAUAGCUGCAGCUAAAGAGGAAAAGGCGGGGCUGAUUGUGGUGGGUACCCGAGGCAUGGGGAAAGUCCGACGCACUUUCAUCGGUAGUGUUAGUGACUAUGUCCUGCACCAUUCCGAUGUUCCAGUUCUGAUUUGCCGAAAUGUUCAGCCCAGCUAAACAAUCAGUGAUACGUGAGGAAAUGGAUCCAGGCAUCAGAUACAGGCAACAUAUACAGAUAUUGUAAUUCCUUUUCAAGUUGUGGUUCCAUACCAGCAUUUAUCUUUUGUUUAAAUCUAACAUCAGUCAUUUGCCUUAAACCUCAGUAAGUGUGUGAUUGUGUGCCAUAUUAGUUUUCCUACUUACACAUUAAAGAUCUGUAAUUCAAGCAAUAGGAGCACAAUAAAGUAAUCUACAUCUGUAUUAUUUACAUACUUAAUCAUAAUCUGAACGAGACUCUUGUUUUCUUUGUCUACUUCUUUGCUUUCGCAUUCCAGUUUUUACAACUUUCAUUCUUCUAAAAUUCUCAUCUUAUUUUUUUAGGUUUUUUUUAUUUUUCCUUUAUAAGAAGUUUAUCACCCUUUCUUUCUGAUGUCAACCCAGCUAAUUGACUAAACAACAGUGUUGUAAAGUUGCAGCUAAUAUGUUUGUGUUUUAAACAUUUUUCUAUUAUCUAAAGGAGUAUUUAUUUGAUAUUUUUGUACGUUUUACAAACCACUUAUACAAGCAAAGCUAUUCACCCAUGGGAGUGACAUACAAACACUUAAUUAGGUUAAGUGAUGCAAAUCAAAUGUGUAAAUGUUAAAAUUAUUGUUGUGGGGGAUGAACAUUCUGGUUUAUUAAGUAGCCUGCCUCGAUUUUAUGUAUGCAUUUCUUUACUAAUCUCCAACUAUAAUAAUAUUUGUAUCAAGGGUUCUAACACAUGAUUUUGUAGGUUACUUCCCUUAGUCAUUAGUUCUGUUUAUUUUUUGCGAAUUUUCAUAGCUGGUAUUUUACCCCACAAAUGUUGAUAUUUGUUGAUUCAAGAAGCUUUAGACAGUUGUUAUGUUGACCACUGAGUGUUUGAGAAAAUUCCCCGGUAAGUGUUGUUACAUUGUUUCAAUAAAUCAAAUCAUAAAAUUAAAAAACACUGAUGAAAAAGAUUUAACAACCAAGAGUGUGCUAAAACAAUGUUUUUUUUUUUUAAUUAUUUUUUAAAUAUUAAUCAUAUGUCUGUCAGUCAGUUUUAUUAAUAUUAGAUCCACAAACAGCAAAGCUACCCAGUCAGUAAAAUAAUAUUUCAGCAAUAUAUUCACUAGUGAACACAGGUAUGAGUCUCUAUUGAUCUAGGUUAUUCCAUUUUUACCUAAUGCCUAUACUGGUACUGCUCAGGUAACCCAGCAUUUACUUUAAGUUACCUCCCUUAUAAAUCUGCCAGCCAGAUUUGCAUUUCCUUCCAUUAAAUUUAAAAACUAAUCCAAGGGUUUGGAUUGCAUUAUCUAUUGCAAAUGUGCAGCUCAUGAAUAUAUUUACAUAUUUAGACAAGGCUACUACUUUUACAGUCAUUAAUACUAAUACAUUU